UGCACCGAGAGGAGAGGAUCACAGAGGAAUGGACGUCUACCAGGAGGCUGUGGAUUACCUGGGGGCACUGCACAUACCAGUUGAGGUGGAGGCAGACAUUGAUGUCCUGGAGGAAGAUGUUUUCCAGGAGGAGUCAGUGUCCUGCCUCCUGUCGCCCCUCCACACAGAGAGCGUGGACUUACCUGACACCCCUACGCUGCACGGCCCGGAGGAGCUGCUGGACAGGAGGCUCGUGGUGCUGAAAGGCAUCCUGGAGAGCGAGGAGGUGUAUCUCAAUGAGCUGGAGACAUUACUGAUGCCCAUGAAGGCUCUGCGGGCCUCAGCCGGGACGUCCCAGCCGGUUCUGUCCAGUCAGCAGGUCCAAACCGUUUUCUACCAGGUGCCGGAGCUCAGGGACAUGCACCAGAGCUUCUACGCCGGUCUGAAGGCCCGUCUGAGUGCACACACACACCCAGAGCCCGGCCAGGGGCCUCAGGUGGAGCAGGACUCAGGGGAGAAGAGAAGCUCUGAUGAGGAGACACAGACGAGGCACAAAGGCUUUGAGCUGAUGGUGGGGGAUGUGUUUUUGAAAAUGGUGAACCAAAUCGGUGUGUAUCGCGGUUACAUCGAUAACUAUGAGAAGGCUGUCGAAAUUGUGGUUAAGUGCACACAGUCUGACCUUCGCUUCCGAACGCUGGCCCAGAGCAUGAGGUCGAACAAUGGCUCAGACAAACCCAAGACCAAAUACACCUUUGAAGCUCUCCUCUACAAGCCUUUAGACAGAGUCACCAAGACCACACUGGUGCUGCGAGACCUCCUGCAGACGACACCUGCAGAUCAUGAGGAUCACUCAGCCUUGCAGGAAGCGCUGAGGCUUUCUCGCAGCUUCCUGUCUGGGGUAAACGAGAGUUCACAAUGUAAACGGGAGGUCACACUCAGUCACGGCAUGAGACGCAAGCUGAUACGUGACGGCUUUGUGGUGGAUGUGUGUGAAGGGGAACGUGGCCUGCGUCACUUCUUCCUUUACACCGACCUGCUGCUGUGCACUAAGCUCAAGGCUGUGGCCAAAGGGAAGCAGGGCCAGUACAGGUUCUGCUGGUAUCUGCCUCUGGCCGGUCUCAGACUGCACUGGAGCACAGAGCAGGAGCGACCGCCCGACACACAGCUCCGCAUGCACACCAUAAGAACCAAGAUGUACUACCUCCGACAACAGCUGCGGCAGUACGCGGGCACAUCCAAGGGCUGGGCAGCUCGCAGCAGGAAGAAACUGGAGCAGAUGGAGCUGAUGCUGCUCACACUCUCCCCUGUCCACAGACUGGAGCUGCACAGCUGCAGUGGCAAGAGUCACUCUCUCCUCCUGCCCUCCCUGUAUGAACUGGAAGAAUGGAGAGAGGAAAUCUACAAGCUCACCAGAGACAACGUAGAAACAGUUCCUCCAGAUCUGCUCACCCUCACCAGUGCGUGUGCCAAGCUGAGGAUGACCCAGCAGCCGCCGCUUCACAGCAGAAACGCCGCAGAGGGCCAGGUCUCUUUGUGUGGGACUCUGAGUGUAGCGGUCCACUCCGCCUGCGGGCUACAACAACCAGCAAGUGCCUAUGUGUGUGUGGAGGUGGACGGCCAUGAGUGCUAUGAUAAACAAGCCCAGACCCAUUCCUCAGUCCACAGCCUCAGCCCACACUGGGACCAGGAGCUGUGUCUCCAGGUGGACGAGGCUCGGACCCUCAGGGUGCUGUGUGUGAGUCAGUCCGAGGGAGGGGGCGACACUGUCCUGGGCAAAACGUCUGUACAGCUGGACUCGGCGGCGCUGCAGACGCGAUGGAGGAGAGAGACGCUCCCUCUGGGCCAGGUGGAGGUGACUCUGUCCCUGAAGUACAGCCCUCACCCCCUUGACCCGCCCAGCUCCUCGCCUCCACAGCAGCAGCCCAUCUUCUGCGUCCCAAUUGGGACGGUGGCGCAGCAGGAGGGCGUGCUGGUGCCCCACGUGGUGCGCUGCUGUGUGGAGGAGGUGGAGAGGAGAGGGAUGGAGGAAGUGGGCAUCUACAGGAUUUCGGGUGCCGCCAGUGACAUCAGCGCCCUCAAAACCGCCUUCAACAGCAAUCUGCGUGAAGCCGUGGCCAAGCUGAGGAAGGCGGAGGUGAAUGCGGUCUCAGGUGUUCUCAAGCUUUACUUCAGAGAGCUGCCCGAGCCGCUCGUUCCCACCGAGCUGUUCCAGAGUCUGGCCAGGACGCUGGACAUCCAGGACAUGGAGUCCCGGCUGGUCUCCAUGCUGUCCCUGCUGCAGUCCUGUCCCGACACCAACCGGCACACCUUCCUCUACCUGCUGCACCACCUCCAGCGGGUCUCCGAGCGGCAGGAGGUCAACAAGAUGUCUCUGCUCAACCUGGCUACUGUGUUUGGUCCAAGCCUCUUGCGCCCCCCCGUGGCAGGCCUGGGGCACUGCGGCCCCACUGUGGAUAUCUCCCAGGAGGUGGUGAUACAGGUCCAAGUGGUUUUCUUCUUCCUGCAGUGCAAUAACCUCCCCGCCGCUCAGACCUCUGUUCCACACGACACAGACGCUGAAGACGAUCCCAGCCUCAUGUAA